UGAGGUAGUGAUGGUAUUGAAUGUCUGUUGUAUGGUUGUCUUUAUGUUUAGUAUGCACACUGAAGUGGAUUAUAUGGCAGUGUGGAGUCAAGAUAAUCCAGUUCAAAGCAGAUAAUAUAAGAUUCUAAAUGGGUUAUAUAGCUGUUUGGAAGGGCCUUGAGUCUACACUGCCAUAUAAUCCAGUUAAAAUCUGAUAAUCUGUGGAAGAGGCCUAAGUGAGGCCUAACUGUGCCUGUCCCCUGGGCUGAGUAGGUUGCUAGGAGACCAAGUGGGUGGAGCUUAGCCUUCAAACUGGCAGCAAUUGGAUAAAAUCUAUUAUUCCUCUCCCUGUAAUUAGGACUUUAUUUUUCUUUUCUUUUUGUUGUAUCAACCUAGAGCCGUGAAUGAUGGGUUGUGUUGUCAAAUUUCAAGGUUGGGGGGCCUGUAGUUUUGUUGUUUUGUCCGCUGCCCUGAUGCCAUCACUCUUUUAUAUAUAUAUAGAUUAGUUACAUAGUUAAGGGUGAGAAGGGGAUAGGGAAGAGGCAAAAGACACAUCUUAAGCUGCUGCUGGAACACACACACAUGGCCAGAUUGGUCCCAGCAUGGUUCCUUCCGAUCGGUGGAACUCUCUGCUGCAGGUCAAAUUAGACUGAAUGCAGAUGGCCGGCCUGGUUCGACCACAAUGGUAUUCAAACUAUAUAAUAUGAAGACCUUAAUGAAAGCUAUCUGGGACUUUUGUUUCUAUAUACCUUUUUUUCAAAUGAUUGGGGGGGGGACGACGACUAUUUCUGGGUUUUUUUCUCCCAGGCCUUCCUAUUUCUACCCACAUCCAAGUCCUAUCAAGAUCAGACCCCUAUGGAAGUGGGCAACUACAAACCUUCUAAAAAUACCCUUUUGACCUGCUGAACUUGCAGACCAAAAGGUCGCAGGUUCGAAUCUGGGAGCGGAGUGGUUAGUUAGUAUGUGUUUGUAUGAAGAGUGUGUGUCUGUGUAGUUGCAGGGGAAGGGGGAGUAGGAGCAAAAAGCAGAAGAUGAGUGGAAAAGAGAAGAGGAAUUUGGGAAAGAGAUAAUACUGCAGUAAAGAAGCUUAAGAAAGAAUGUGGGGCAGCAAGAUGAAGGCGGAGAGAAAGAGAAGCCUUGAAGGAACAAUAAAAGAGAGGGAAGCAAGGAAAAGGCAGAGGGGAAGGGCGAAUGGUGGGUAAGGAGAGGUGGGGCCCGGGACCCAGCCAGUCAGAGCUGCCAUCUCUUUGGCAGCACUCUGAGGAAGUUCCCCGUCUCUUUCUUCACUUCCUUUCCUGCUUCUUCAGACACUCUUUGUUUCUAUGUCUCUGUUUCUCUCUUCCACCCAUCACAGUUAAGUUGGCUGCAGGGUGAGGCUGUGGCACCAGCGUUUGGGCCAGCCAUCUCACCCCUUUUCCUGCACAACUGAAAUAUACAAGAGAAAAUGUAAGGUCAGUAUGGGAACCAGAAGAUCCAAAUAUUGUAAAGAAAGAGGCCAAGUUCAGAUCUUGUUUCUGUGUCCAUGCGCCUUCAAGUUGCCUGUGGCACUUCCAUGAGUUUCACAGGGUUUCCUUAGGCAAGGAAUACUCAGAGGAGGUUUUGCCGCUGACUUCCUUUGAAUAUAACCUACUGCACCUAGAUUUUUUUGGUUCUCCCUUUCAAAUACCCACCAUGCCUGGCCCUAUUUAGGUUAGUAUGUGUUUCUGUAGUAUGUGUGUGAGAGAGAGAAAGACAGACAGACAGACAGACAGAGACAGAGACUGUGACUUCAAGUCUUCUGUUGAUUUACAGUGACCUCAUGAAUUCCAUAGGAUGUCCUAUUAACUUUCAAGUACAGACAGGAUCUGUAGCUUGCAGGGUGUUUUGACCCUAGGCAGAAAAAAAAUUCUUUUGAUUCUGCAACCCUCAUUUUAAACUUAGAGAAGAGCUUUAUCCUGCCACCCCAAGGGUAAACAUGCCAAAAAAACUAGUUUUUCUCAUACACAAGAGGUCAAGCUGACUGGUUUCACUUGUAAGGAGAGAUUACAUGUAUGUGUCAAGACAGGCAUCUAGUUGAAUGAACAACUUAUUCAGUAUGGAGCUCCAAGGUGUGCUGACUAUCUUGUUGGGAAUUUGCCUGAUAUUCGUUGCUGCAUGGAAGUGGAAGCACAAAGAGGGAAGGUUUCCACCCGGGCCAAUGCCCUUGCCCUUCUUCGGCAACUUACUGCAACUGAACCCCAAGGAUACCCUCAAGUCCCUCCUAACGCUGAGGGACAAAUAUGGUCCAGUAUACACAUUGUACCUGGGCCCCCGCCGGGUUGUAGUUCUUUGUGGGCAUGACGUACUAAAGGAAGCCCUGGUGGACUGCGGUGAACAGUUCUCCGGCAGGGGAGAGAUGGCUACCCUUGACCAGACCUGCAGAGGUUUUGGUCUGCCCUUUGAUCCCACCUUCCUUCUAAGCUGCACAACUUCCAAUAUUAUUUGCUCCAUUGUCUUUGGCAGUCGUUUUGAGUAUGAAGACAAGACUUUUCUCUACCUGUUGGAUGUAAUAAACAAAGCCUUUUAUGAGAUGAGUACCCCUUGGGCACAGAUGUAUGAGAUGUAUUCUGGCAUCAUGCAACACUUGCCUGGAGGACACAAGCGUCUCUACAACCUCCUGGAGGAACUGAAUACCUUCAUUGCUGAGAGAAUCAAAAUCAAUCAAGAGACCUUAGAUCCCAAGAACCCAAGAGAUUUUAUUGAUUGCUUCCUCAUUGAGAUGGAGAAGGAAAAGGGAGACCCUUCCACAGAAUUCACAAUGACUAAUUUGAUCAUCACAGUUCUCAACUUGUUCUUUGCUGGGACAGAGACUAUCAGUUCUACCCUGAGAUACUUAUUUCUCUUGAUGCUGAAAUAUCCAGAAGUGGAAGAGAAGGUCCACCAAGAAAUCGACUGUGUUGUUGGUCGCAACCGUAUCCCUGCUGUCAAGGACAGGGUGAACAUGCCCUACACUAAUGCGGUUAUCCAUGAGAUCCAAAGGCUGGUAGAUAUCCUUCCUGUAGGAUUGCCACACAAGGUAACUGAAGACAUCGAGUUCCGGGGUUAUCUUCUUCCCAAGGACACUAACAUCAUUACCUUACUAGGCUCCGCUUUGCAUGACCCCCAAUAUUUCAGUGACCCUGAAAUAUUCAACCCUGAGCACUUCUUAGAUGAAGAAGGACACUUUAAGAAGAUUGAUGCCUUUGUGCCAUUUUCCGCAGGUAAACGUGCCUGCGUAGGGGAACCUAUGGCUCGCAUGGAGCUCUUCUUGUAUUUCACGACCAUCCUGCAAAACUUCGCAGUGAAAUCCUCUCUGGAUCCAAAGGACAUUGACAUCUCUCCCCAACUAAGUGGCUUUGCAAGAAUCCCUCCUUUCUACCAGCUGUGUUUGGUGCCUCGCUAAUUCUGCUAACCUAAUUUUUCAUCUUUUCUAGUAGUGCACACACAACCCUUCCAGGCCCCCCAUUUUCCUUGAGAACCAUUCACACACUUCUGGCAUUGUUUAAACAUUUAAAAAAACCUCCGGAUUAUGCCAUAUCUUGUUCUAUUGCUGGCUAUUCACUAUAGUAAAUGGAAUUGUGGACUCAAUUGACCUGCCAGGCAUGACCAGAUGGUCUCUGUGUUGGAGUAUGGCCUUUUAAACAGAGUCUGGAUGGCCAUUUAUCAGAACUGGUUGGAUUGGAGUAUCUUCCAGCUCUACAAUUCCCCAAUUUUAAUUGUUCAGGUGAAUUUUUCCAAAAUAAUCAAGAAAAACACUCUGGCUGGUUCUGUUAUCCAAAGCACCAAUUCACAUUAAAAUCAAUGAUUAUCUAUUAAAAGGCUUUUCAAAAAAUACUUGGAAUGAAUAUUUGGUUAAAGGAAUGUUAAGAAUGGAUGAUGAGAGAGGGAAGGAGUAAUCACAUGGAAUUUACCUUCAGACACCUAGUUUAUUUGAUAACGUAGCUGCUACUUCUCAGGGCACUUCCAAACAACAUGAAAUGCAGGUUUUAAAUGGAGGACAAAAAAACCUGAGACCUGAGAACAUGUGGGUCCUGGGAUUUUUUUCCCCACCAUCUUCACAGGCUUCCUCUGUAUCAGAACAAGAUGGAGGGCGGGUUUUUUGGCUUUUUAAAAAAUCACUCCGUUAUGCACUGGACCGUACAUGUGCGCGUGCAAAUAUCUUAAUAUAAAUGCAAGCAGAUUUGCAUGUGUUCAUAUGGGGUUCAGCACAUAACGGAGGGAUUUUUUUAAAAAAACCUUUCACUGGAUUGCUCUCUUCCCCUAAUUGUUUAUUUAAACUCUGUUUGAUAUUAUAAAGUUUAAAAUAAAGAGUGUGAUUAUCA